GGAGCCGUGCCGCCCGCUGAGCACGCGGCGCUUCGCCGCCCGAGGAGCGAGGGGUUUGUUCCGCACGUUGUUUUUGUCUGAUGCGGAAUCCCGGGCGCUGGGCAGCGCUUCCCUUCCUGCCGCUCGGCUCCUCAGCAUGUAGCGGGCGGGCGGCGAUAGCGGGGCCGAGAUACACGGGCGGCCUUUGAGACACGCCGCUGUUGGAAAGAGGAAGGUUAAUCCUGGCCGCUGAGGCGCGGGGCUCUGGGCGGCAUUGGAGCCGCGUUGAGAAAAUGGGGCUGGCUGGCUCCAGCUGAGUCCGUCCGCUUGUGGGAGCUGCUGCGGAGCGGGGCUUCGGGAGUUCUGGCAUCACGGAGCCACGCCGAUGUCGGCCUGUCGCAUGUAAAAUGGAGAACGAAGUCUUCACCCCCCUUUUGAAGAAGUUCACACGCAGCCCGCUCGUCACAUGGGUUCGGACGUUCGGACCCUUAGCGGAAGAGAAUGGGACCAGCUUGGAGGAAUACAUGACGCUGGUGGAUGGCGUGUUUCUCAACGAAGUCAUGCUGCAGAUUAAUCCAAAGUCCACUAAUCGGAACGUAAACAAAAGAGUCAACAACGAUGAAUCAUUAAGGAUUCAGAACUUAUGUAUUUUAGUGAAGAAAAUCAAAUAUUUCUACCAGGAAUGUUUGCAGCAGCUGAUCAUGAUGGCUUUGCCAAAUGUAUUAGUAAUCGGCAGAAAUCCUCUUUCUGAGCCAGGUACUAAUGAAAUAAAUAAAAUACUCCUGCUUCUACUUGGUUGUGCUGUUCAGUGUCAGAAAAAGGAAGAAUUCAUUGAAAGAAUCCAGCUUCUGGAUUUUGACACAAGAGCAGCUGUUGCAGCCCAUAUUCAAGAGAUAACUCAGAACCAGGAAAAUGUGUUUGAUUUGCAGUGGAUGGAUGUCAUCGUAUUUACACAAGACUCUGUUGAACCUCUUUUGAAAAAUAUGACAUUACAUUUGAGAAGACUUGUAGAUGAAAGAGAUGAGCACUUAGAGACUAUCAUAGAACUAUCCGAAGAUCGGGACGGUCUCCAUUUGCUACCUCAGGCAUCAGCAGCACAAUCACCUUGUGGAUCUCCUGGCUUGAAACACACAGAAAGCAAACAGCACCUGUCAGUUGAGCUAGCAGAUGCCAAAGCAAGGAUAAGAAGGCUUAGGCAAGAGAUUGAGGAAAAGAAUGAGCAGUUACUUGACUAUAAACAAGAACUUGAACGGGUGGAAACUGAACUAAGGAGGCUUCAGCAAGAGAAUAAGAAUUUAUUCUCAGAUGCCCGUUCUGCCAGAGUUUAUAGAGAUGAAUUAGAUAUUCUUCGUGAGAAGGCAAUUCGAGUUGACAAGCUCGAAAGCGAAGUCAGCCGGUACAAAGAGAGGCUACAUGAUAUGGAAUUCUACAAAGCUAGAGUGGAGGAGUUAAUGGAAGACAAUCAAGUGAUGCUAGAAACAAAGAGAAUGUUUGAGGAUCAAGUAAAGGCAUUGCAAUGCCGUUCUGAUAAACUACAUGUGGUAGAAAAAGAGAAUCUACAAUUAAAAGCUAAACUACAUGAAAUGGAGAUGGAGCGUGAUAUGGACAGAAAGAAGAUUGAGGAACUUAUGGAGGAAAAUAUGGCUCUAGAAAUGGCUCAGAAACAAAGUAUGGAUGAAUCACUACAUCUCGGCUGGGAACUUGAGCAGAUAAACAGGUUUACUGAGCAUUCUGAAGUGUCACAUAAAUCACUUGGUCUUGAAGUAACUGAAUUGACAUCAAGCAGAUUGCUGAAACUGGAAAAGGAAAACCAAAGCUUGCUGAAAACAGUGGAAGAGCUACGAAGUACAAUGGGUGAUUCUGUAGGAGGCAAUAGUUCAAGGAUUCUGAAAAUGGAAAAAGAAAACCAAAGACUAAACAAAAAGAUUGAGGGACUGGAAAAUGAAAUUGUCCAAGAGAAACAGAGUCUUCAGAACAAUCAAAAUUUAACUAAGGAUUUGAUGAAAGAAAAAGAGCAACUUGAAAAGAAAGUUGAAACAGUUCGAGAAAACUUGGAACGACAAAUAAAACUGUUAGAACAAGAAAACGAACGUUCAAAUCAAACCAUAGCUUCUUUAAGGCAACGCUCACAAAUUGGUGCUGAAGCACAAAUGAAAGAAAUCGAAAAAGAAAACAAAAUUCUUCACGAGUCUAUUAAGGAAACCAGCAGUAAGUUAAAUAAGCUUGAAUUUGAAAUAAAACAAGUCAAGAAAGAAAUGGAACUCUAUAAAGAGAAAGCAGAGAGAGCAGAAGAACUUGAGAAUGAGCUACAUCGUCUGGAGAAGGAAAAUGAAUUAUUACAGAAAAAAAUUGCUAACUUAAAUAUCACUUGUGAGAAGAUAGAGGCCUUAGAAAAAGAGAACUCGGACCUGGACAUAGAAAACAGAAAGCUGAAAAAAACUUUGGAUAGUCUGAAAAACCUCUCGUUUCAACUGGAGUCCUUAGAAAAGGAAAAUUCACAACUUGAUGAAGAAAAUUUAGAGUUAAGAAGAAGAAUUGAAUCUUCCAAGUGUACAGGCAUUAAAAUGGCGCAGUUACAAUUAGAAAAUAAGGAGCUGGAGAGCGAAAAGGAGCAGCUUAAAAAGAGCCUUGAACUCAUGAAAGCAUCGUUUAAGAAAAGCGAACGCUUAGAAGUCAGCUACCAAGGUCUAGACACAGAAAACCAAAGGCUGCAGAAAGCCCUUGAAAACAGCAACAAAAAAAUUCAGCAAUUGGAAAGUGAAUUAGAAGAAUUAGAGUCUGAAAAUCAAACUCUGCAGAAAAACUUAGAAGAGUUGGUAAUUUCUAGUAAGCACCUAGAGCAACUAGAAAAAGAGAAUAAGUUGUUAGAGCAGGAGACUUCUCAACUGGAAAAAGAUAAGAAACAGCUAGAAAAAGAAAAUAAGAGACUUCGACAACAAGCAGAAAUUAAGGACAGUACUUUAGAAGAAAACAAUGUCAAAAUUAACCAUUUGGAGAAGGAAAAUAAGUCUUUGUUUAAACAAAUAGCUGUCUAUAAGGAGUCCUGUGUACGCCUGAAAGAACUAGAAAUGGAAAAUAAGGAACUUGUGAAAAGAGCUAGCAUUGAUAAGAAAACCCUUGUCACUUUACGAGAGGACUUGGUGAAUGAAAAACUGAAGACCCAACAAAUGAAUAAUGAUCUAGAAAAACUUUCCCACGAACUUGAAAAAAUAGGUUUAAACAAGGAGCGUCUCUUGUGUGAUGAGCAGAGUAGUGAUGACAGGUACAAACUUUUGGAGUCAAAAUUGGAAUCCACUCUUAAGAAAUCUCUUGAGAUAAAAGAAGAAAAAAUUGCUGCUUUGGAGGCUCGUUUAGAAGAAUCAACAAAUUUAAACCAGCAGCUCCGUCAGGAACUUAAAACAGUGAAAAAGAACUAUGAAGCUCUCAAACAAAGACAAGAAGAGGAAAGAAUGGUUCAGAAUCCUCCUCCAAGAAAGGGAGAAGAAAAUCAGUCAGUCAAUAAGUGGGAGAAAGAAACCCAGGAAACUACUAGAGAGUUACUGAAAGUUAAAGAUAGAUUAAUUGAAGUGGAAAGGAAUAAUGCUACGCUCCAAGCAGAGAAGCAAGCACUGAAAACACAAUUAAAGCAGCUGGAGACACAGAAUAACAAUCUUCAGGCUCAGAUUCUUGCACUUCAGAGGCAGACUGUCUGUCUACAGGAGCAAAACACAACUCUACAGACCCAAAAUGCAAAGCUUCAGGUUGAAAAUUCUACCCUUAAUUCUCAAAGUACAUCUCUAAUGAAUCAGAAUGCACAACUGUUGAUUCAACAGUCUGCUUUAGAAAAUGAAAAGGAAGGUGUGCUCAAGGAGCUUGAGGAUCGGAAGUCACUGUACGAUUCACUUCUCAAAGACCAUGAAAAACUGGAGCACCUACACGAGCGCCAGGCUUCUGAGUAUGAGUCUCUGAUUGCUAAACAUGGAAGUCUUAAAUCUGCACACAAAAAUCUGGAGGUGGAGCAUAAGGACUUGGAAGACAGGUACAAUCAGUUGCUUAAACAGAAAGUGCAGCUGGAAGAAUUGGAGAAAGUGCUCAAAACAGAACAGGAGAAAAUGCUGCAGCAAAAUGAAAAACACGAGACUGUAGCAACAGAGUAUAAGAAACUUCGUGAUGAAAAUGAUAGGCUUGCUCAUGCACACGAUCAACUCUUGAGAGAGAAUGAAGUUCUGCAAACUGACCAUAAGAAUUUGAAGACGUUAUUGAACAAUUCCAAACUGGGACAAACGCAAUUAGAAGCAGAGUUCUCUAAACUCAGAGAAGAGUACCAACUGCUGGAUAUUAAAUGUACAAAAAUAAGUAAUCAAUGUGAGCUGCUUAGCCAGCUUAAAGGAAACAUGGAGGAGGAAAACAGACAUCUACUAGAUCAAAUUCAGACAUUAAUGCUACAGAAUAGAACGUUACUGGAGCAGAAUAUGGAAAGCAAGGAUCUCUUCCACGUAGAGCAAAGGCAGUACAUUGACAAGUUAAACGAAUUAAGGAGACAGAAGGAGAAACUGGAGGAGAAGAUAAUGGAUCAGUAUAAAUUUUAUGAGCCAUCUCCACCUAGAAGAAGGGGCAACUGGAUUACACUGAAGAUGAGGAAACUGAUGAAAUCCAAGAAGGAUGUUAAUCGAGAACGUCAGAAGUCUGCAAGCCUUACACCUACCCGUUCAGAAUCCAGUGAAGGAUUUCUUCAGCUGCCCCACCAGGACAGUCAGGAUAGUUCCUCAGUGGGCUCUAACUCUCUUGAAGAUGGCCAGGUCCUGGGAACCAAAAAGAGUACUAUGGUUGCACUGAAAAGACUGCCCUUUUUGAGGAACAGACCGAAGGAAAAAGACAAAAUGAAGGCCUUCUAUCGUCGCUCCAUGUCCAUGAAUGACCUGGUGCAGUCCAUGGUCCUAGCAGGAGGACAAUGGACAGGUAGUACUGAGCAUCUGGAGGGUCCUGAUGAUAUAUCUGCGGGUAAAAGGAGAAAAGAAUUGGGAGCUAUGGCCUUCUCUACUACAGCUAUCAACUUUGCAACUGUCAACUCUUCUACAGGCUUCAGAUCCAAGCAGUUGCUAAAUAAUAAAGAUGCUAUGUCAUUUGAAGAUGUAAGUCCACAAGGUAUUAGUGACGAUUCUAGUACAGGAUCAAGAGUUCACGGAGUACAGGACAUUAACUGUGCAGAUGCUCUUGCUCCUCCUGUUCGUGGCAUUUCAACAAUGUGCAAGGUUCCCUGUCAAAUCUGUUUGCCCUUUUCUAAAGUGUCCUCUUGGACUGCCUGGAAAUCCCUUCGCUUUCUGAUCUCUUCCAGACCAGCCAGCCUUGAUAGUGGCAGAACAUCCACUAGUAAUAGCAAUAACAAUGCUUCACUCCAUGAAGUCAAAGCAGGUGUGGUGAACAAUCAAAGCAGACCUCAGAGUCACAGCAGUGGAGAGUUCAGUUUGCUACAUGAACAUGAUGCUUGGUCAAGCAGCAGCAGCAGUCCUAUUCAGUAUUUGAAAGGUCAUACAAGGUCUAGUCCUGUGCUUCAGCAAAGAACUCCUGAAAUACUGGAUCGCUGCGGAAAACAGAUCAAAACUGAUUCUCCUGGAAGUGAAGUUGUUACCCUGCAGCAGUUCUUGGAAGAAAGCAACAGAAGUACCUCAAGCGAGAUGAAAUCUGGGAGUGAAGAGAAUCUUUUAGAUGAAGUAAUGAGAAGUUUAUCUGAGUCAUCUGAGCUGACAGGAAAGGAAAAGCUAAGAAAGGCAUCUUCUGGUUGUGGAAUUGUGAGGUCAUCGAGUGUAAAAAAUCCGGUUCAUUUCUCAGAUGGACGAUCCAUUAAACCAGAACAGCUUGUAAGGCCCAGCCUUCGUAAAACAGAAGAUGCCUAUUUUACUAGCUCUCCAAUAAAAUUUACAUCAGGCACUCAAGGGAAGGCCAAAUCAGUGAAAGAAAAGGUGCAAACAUCUGUAUCACAGCGACAAUCAAGGGAUUGCAAUCCUUACGCCACCUUACCUCGUGCGAGCAGUGUGAUUUCUACAGCAGAAGGAACUACUCGAAGGACAAGCAUUCAUGAUUUUUUGUCUAAGGACAUUAGGCAGCCUGUUUCUAGUGAUCCAGCAACAUCCACCGCUGACAGAAGUGUUCCGGCAACAUCUAGUGAGUACUCAGCACACCAGUUAUCCUCUCAUUUUUUUCACUGUGUGGCUUACGGAGUAGGUUGUGUUCCACAAAGCAGUGCAACUAAUACAGUUAAGUCCCGUAAUUUAGGAUGCAACCCCGAUGUGCCUAAGACUUCAAGGAUGGAAAGGUCCAGUUUUUGUGAGAAAGCUUUUUUAAGCACAAAUAUGUUUAAUGAUCAAGGCAGUCUAUCUGGUAAUGAGAACACAGGAUCUUUUACUGUGUUGCAGCCAUUUUUAUCCCUUAACACUGAAUUAGUUAGUAACAUAAGUGGAUUGCCUCCAAGGUCUGCAUCAAAAGCUGAUCAGGCAAACCUGUCAAAAUUAGUAUCUGUACCAAAAAAUCAGGAAGAGCCUUUUACCAAUCAGAACUCUGCUGAUAGGGACCUGUGGUCAGCUCUGAGUAGUGAACUUGUUCCUACCACCUGUGUGAACACACAUGAGGCAGAGUCCCUGCUUCUUGUUUCUGAAGACAAUAAAACUGUGUGGUAUGAGUAUGGUUGUGUAUGAUAAGAAAACUGUAUUACUAAAUAUAUAAUUAUAUAGGACACGUAGAUGCUCUGUUGAAUGUCCACUGGACUUAGAAUUUCACUACAAUGAAAAAGUAACUCAUUUAGAUCUGUGGGUUAUUUUUUUUGCCUAGGAACAGUGGCACGCAGCUGAGUUGUGUGCUCAAGCAUGUGUUUGAAUGUAAAACUGUAACCUCGUCCAAGUUUGCAUGAAACAUUAAUUGCGCUGUAUAUAUUUUGCAUGCUUUCAAAACCUUUAUAAUGCAAGCUAUAUUUUUAUUUGUUGUCCAUUAUAAAUAUUUUGUUGGGUUUUUUUUUCCUGUACGUAACUGUAUGCAUGUUAAAGCCACCGCAUGCUGUAUAGCCAGAAAUUGCACAGUGAACUACAGCGUUGUCAGUGCAAAGACUGUGCCUUUCAGUUGCGCUUACGCUUCCUUGAUCAGUAACGUGUUGACUUUGUGUUUGAAGUACAAACACCUUUUCCCUGUACCAGUGAAAAGCAGCAUUUAGGGAGAUUUCCCUUGCUCCGUUCCUUGCUCUUAACAUUUAUCCCACCUCCCGUGUGUUACCCUGCACAAGAAACAACUUAUAAUCCAGUAACUCAGUGACUCUGUCUUGCACAAAAAUGAUUCACAUUCCAUAUUAAUGAUUAAAUAUUUUAAUAAUUAGAAUUACCAUUCAUAAUUCUAAACCUAAAAUAAUGAUUUUAUUUUUUUUUUUUAUUAAGAGGUAACAAUGGAACAACAUGCAGCACUUGCAGUGAAAAAAUGACCCUUUCCACCUUUUCCCAUUCGUAUGUGUUGUCUUUCCACAUCUGGUGUACAAAUGUGGUGCAGUAUGCUGUUUCACUAGGAGUCAAAUAACACCCUUAUCUGAGAAUCCAUGUGUUGUAUGGUAAUAAACUUGUAUUGAUUAUGGUGGAAAUUCAUUUUUUCUUCUUAAUAUAAAUAACAUUUGUGUAAUAGAAACCAAGAUGUGUAGCAGAGUAACAAAAACUGUUAAAUAUUAGUGCUGCAGAAGGCAAGUAAUUCAGAACUUGCUUAUGAAUUCAAGUGUGUAACUCAUUAAAUUUCAGACAACCAGCUGAACAGCAAUGUUGGAAACCGAUGUCUUAAUAAACCAUGGUUUCAAGCAAUUCCUUGAAACUUUGCAAUGAUAAAUAUAUAUAAUACAUAUAGAAAAAUAUACUCGUAUAUACACAUAAAAUAAUGAAAAACCUAUUCUGAUUUUUCCAAUUGAAUUUGUUUUGUCAGCAGUUUUGUGGCAGUCGUGGUGCUGCUGUGGGUGCUGGAUUUAAAUUCCCCAGUGUUUAACUAAGGAGGAAUAGAAGUGAUGCAAAAAUACAGUUCCUUCAGAGAAAGCAGCAGACGUCCUUUGUGUUGUUGGUCUCUAAAGUCUCCAUUUAAUACAUGAGAACUGUUAAUUAAAUGUGGAGGUAGCUCUUCCAAAGACUCAUACAGGUUGGAAGGGACCUCUGGAGAUCCCCCAGGUCAAACCUCCUGCAGCAGGUCUCAAGGACAGUGUCCAUGAAGGUUUUGAUUAUCUCCAGGGAAGGUCACAGCCACCUCUCAGGGCAGCCUCUUUCUCAUGUUCAGGCAGAAUUUCCUGUUGCAGUUUGUGCCUGUUCCCCCUUGUUCUGUCACUGGGCACCACCAAAAGUGCUUGCAUAGCCUCAUCUGCUUGACACCUGCCCUUUCAAUAUUGAUGAGUGUUGAUAAGAUCCUCUCUCUGCCUUAUCCUCCACACUGGGCAGUCCUAGGUCUCUCACCCUUCAUUCAUAAGGAAGAGAUGUUUCAUGCCUCUAAUGAUUUUUGUGGCCUUCUGCUGGACUCUCUGCAGAAGAUUUCUGUCUAAACUGCGGAGCCCAGAACUGGACAUAUUCAAAAUGUGGCUUCACCAGGGCAGAGCAGAGGGGGAGGAUCACCUCCCUCGACCUGCUGCUCAAUGCUCUUUGUAAUGCACUCCAGGAUCCCAUUGGCUUUCUUGGCCACCAGGGCAAGCUGCUGGCUCAUGGCCAGCCUGUUGGCCACCAGGACCCCCAGGUCCUUCUCUGCAGAGCUCCUUUCCAGCAGGUCAGCCUCUAACCUGUACUGAUACAUGUGGUUAUUCCUCCCUGGAUGUAGGACUCUACGCUUGCCUUUGUUGACCCUCAGGUUCCUGUGAGCCCAGUUCUUCAGCCUGUCCAGGUCUUGCUGAAUGGCAGUACAGCUUUCUGGUACCACUGGUCAGCUACUCCUCACAGCUUCAGGUCAUCAGCAGACUUGCUAAGGGUUGACUCUGUCCCUUCUUCCAGGGUGUUGAUGAAGAUAUAAGACCAGACCCAGUAUCGACCCCUGGGAAUACCAUAAGCUAUUGACCUCCAACCAGACUCUGGGCUGCUGAUCACAACCAUCCCCUCAUCUAUACAGCUAGUCAUGACAGAAGGCUACCAGAUUGGGUCAAGCAUGAUUUCCCUUUGCUGAACCCAUGAUGGCUAUUCCUUUCUUCCACUUCUUUGGAGAUGACAUCCAGAAUAAGUUGUUUCAUCACUUUCCAGGAACUGAAGUGAGGCUGUCUGACCUGUAGCUUUGCAUGACCUCCUUGCCCCUUUUGAAGAUUGGGGUGACACUGGCUGUCCUCCAGUCUUGAUGCAACCUCUCCUGUUCUCCAUGACCCUCCAUAGGUGAUAGAGUGGUUUUGGCAGUCACUUUUACCUGCUCCCUCUGCACGUGUGGGUGCAUCCAGACCUUCAAUUACUUUUUGAGAUGAGGAAAAGGAGUAGGAGGGGGAAAAAUGGAUUUAUUGAAGGCAUUCUGUGGAGCAGAAAAUUAUUGUUUCAAAAAAUAAAAUAGCCAUCCCUUGCCAUGCUUGCAGGCAUCUGUUAUUAUCAAGCUGAUGAUUUUUCAUGUAAGUGUUGCUCAUCGUUGCCGUAUUUCCCCUUCAAACUGUUUCACCCUUUAAAACAGAAAUAACAACACAGCCUCAAAUCUGAAGAAGAGACUUAAUUUCAUACCAAUUUUAGUCUUCACUCUUAAACGUUGCCUUCUGAUCUUGCAUCACAUCAUUCAUCUUCAUUUCUGUUAAUUCAGAUGUGCUUGAAUUAGCUUUGAAAACAGUGUUAUCGAAAGCAAUGUGAGUAGUAUAUACUGUAGGUUAUUUGAGGAAUUAGAGAAAAUCUUUGUAGCAUUACCAGUACUUCGCGUGAACUCAUUCUGUGCCUCCAGUAUGUUUUUCUUAGCUGACUGCUCUUUGUCUCUUAGCAAAGCUCCUUUAUGAUCAGGACAAGGUCUGUAGCUAGAGACAGUAUCUUCUAUUUAGAUCCAGUUGUCACUGUUUGAGGAAUUCUUCAGGUUUCAUACAUGCUGUUAGCUCUUGUGUGGAAGCCUUACCUUGCUUAGGUCCUUUGGACUGUUACAACAUUGAAAAAUAGCAGCAUUGUCUCCAGGUAUAUGCUUAUUAGGAACUUUUCCUGCACAAGCAAUAGUCCCUAAUUGUAAUGAGUGACUGUAAUGAGGGAAGCCAGCCUAAAGAGAACUCCUAAGGGUUCUCCCCCUGUGGCGUGUAGUUAAAGCUUGAUUUCAGUGGGACAAAAGAAGCGUUUUUCCAGCCACAGCUCGUGGGGCACUUCAGUUUGCAUUGCUUCAUUUAUUUCCUCAGCGCUAAACUUUCACAUAAAAAACAAGACUGAUAGUGUUUAUACCUGGUACUUUAUGUGUCAUAGCCUGUGUUUUGCAUUACUCUCAAGAGGAGGGAGCAGCACUAAAACAGCUGCUUUCACUAAGACAAAAGGCUUCAGAAUAGCUGAAUGUUCUGCUGGUAUCAGAUCCUCUUACAGACAAAGAGUUCUGACAUAUCUCUUCCUACCCAAGCUACUAGUUUGCAUUAUUUUAUAACCUUGUAAUGAAUUAAACUUCAGUUCUGAAGAUGA